AUAGAAAAGAUAAUGGCAGCCGGCAGGCAGGACGUGAAAUUGUGAAAAUCUAAAAUAAUAUUAUAGGUAUAGGUUGUUCGAAGUUUUACAUCAGACGUGUAAAUAGCAACUGCCUUUUAUAGUAUAUGAUGGCAUCCCUUGGGAAAGUCUUGUGUGGUACGUUUUUCACCAACACCAGUCUACGGGUGUUGAGAUGUUACCCGAUGUGCGCAGGUAAACGGUAUUUAAGUCAAUCGAAAAACGUCAAUAACCUAAAUCUUCAGACAUGCAGGAUACCGGUGACGGUUAUGCGGCAUUACAGUGUCAAGCCACCGAUGACUAUUGAACAAAUUAAAAAACGUAUCCUAUUAGUAUUACAAUUGUACGACAAGGUCAAUCCAGAUAAGCUUAGUCUUGAAUCACAUUUUAUCAAUGAUCUUGGAUUAGAUUCAUUAGAUCACGUUGAAGUUAUCAUGGCCAUAGAAGAUGAAUUUGGUUUUGAAAUACCGGAUGAAGAUGCCGAAAAGUUGCAUAAACCUAAAGAUAUUGUGCAAUAUGUGUGUGACCGUGAAGAUAUUUAUGAUUAAAUCAUUCAGUCCUAUAUAUGUAUAAUAUCUAAAUGUACUAAAUGUAGUUUUUCCAAUUAUUAUAACAACUCAUUGGAACAGCAA